UAUAUUCACCCGAAACAACGGGUGCCCUGCGAUUGGCCCGGAUGUGAAGGACUGUUCAAAAACUAUAAAUAUGUGAACAAACACAAGAAUGAACUACACCUUCGCACCAAACGCUAUCCGUGCGAAUGGCCCGGUUGUGGAUACGCUGCCCGAACAGCACAUUCAUUAAAGCAACACAGAGUGGUCCACACGAAGGCCAGGAGUUUGAAGUGUGAUUGGCCCGGAUGUGAGUACAGUGCGGGCGUUAGUUGGGCUUUAGUGGCCCACAAACGCAUACAUACGGGAGAAAAGCCGUACGCCUGUGAUUGGCCUGACUGCGCGUACCGGUGCUCUCAACCGUGUACUCUCAUAUCGCAUAAACGUAAGCACACGGGAGAGAAGCCUUAUCUCUGUAUGGAAAAGGAUUGCGGCAAACGUUUCGCAUCUCUGGCCGGCAUUCAUACCCUGCGUACCGGUGCUCUCAACCGUGUACUCUCAUAUCGCAUAAACCACACGGGAGAGAAGCCUUAUCUCUGUAUGGAAAAGGAUUGCGGCAAACGUUUCGCAUCUCUGGCCGGCAUUCAUACCCAUCGGAAGACACAUAAUAGAAUUUAUUUAUUAAUUAAACCUGAUGAUGUGAUUGAGGGACACAACGAAGACCAGAACGACAGCGGAAGCGAUAGUGAGGACAGCAAUGCCGACGACGGCAACGAUGAGGUGAAUGAACAGGAGAUCAAACAACUCGAAGAAGAGUUAUCAGUCAAUUCAUACGAUUAUCAAAAACACAUGGAUUUGAUCGAUAAGCUCGAGGCGUGCGAUGAUCUGGAGCUGAUCCGCGCCGCACGCGAACGCAUGAGUAAACUAUUUCCAUUGACACCCAAUCUAUGGCUCAAAUGGAUUAACGAUGAGAUUAGGAUCGCCUCCACGGCUGACGAGAAGAGCGAUAUAUUGAAACUGUUUGAGCGAUCGGUCGAAGACUAUAUAUCGCUGGACGUGUGGUUAGAGUACGUCCAGUAUUGCACGGGUUUAACGGACUCUUUGGGUGUCGAUGGCGUCCGUCGGGUGUUUGAGCGGUCACUCACUUAUGUGGGACUCAAUGUCGACAACGGAGUCCUCAUUUGGAACACAUUCAGAGAGUUUGAAUCGUUUAUUCUUCAGUCAAAGACAGCCAAUCAAACGGCAAUGAAUGACGACAUUCGCAAACAAUUGGACCGAAUCUUUGACUUAUUUCGACGCCAAAUGUCAAUACCAUUGAUAGGAAUGGAGAAUACAUUCAAUGAAUGCCAGAAAUGGUGUCAAACUAUAAAAGAUAGCUUUUCCGUCGAUUUGAACGUCUCUUCCAUUCAAACGGUUUACGAGAAGUCAGUAAAAGAGUUGCAGAAACUCGAGCCAUACGAAGAGUCAUUGAAGAACUCAGAACCGCCUCAUUAUGAACAAUACGUGCGAUAUAUAGAGUACGAGACCAUUAAUGGCACUCCAAUGAGGGUUCAGUCCAUCUAUGAACGAGCGCUUAUCGACAACUGUCUGAUCGCCGACUUAUGGCACAAAUACACCACAUAUUUAGACAACAAAGUAGUGAUGGAUUCAAUCAUUUUGCCGGUCUAUGCGAGAGCUGUGCGCAACUGUACGUGGAGUUCAUUGUUGUGGAUCAGUUACAUGCGAGCUCUGGAGCGACUGAAGUGCGAUCACAACAAAGUGAUGCAAGUCUUCGAGACAGCGCUUCAGUCGGCAUUUCAGGACCCAAACGAAUAUUUGCAGAUUUGGUUAACAUAUUUGGAUUGUUUGAGACGUAAAACCAAUUGGAAAGACGAGAAGGAAGUGAAAAGUUUGAGAAACACUUUCGAGAAAGCGGUCGAACACUUGGCUAACAUCGAGAGCGCGGACCCCAACUGUUCGGUCCUUCAAUACUGGGCCAAAAUUGAGGCCAAAUAUUGCUCUAAUGUAGAGAAAGCGCGGGAAUUGUGGAAUCAAUUGAUGACCUCUCGAUCCGAUAUCGCAUCUCAAGCGCAGAAUUGGCUUUCGUUCUCACGUUUAGAGAGACUUUUUGGAGACGACAAACACUAUAGGAAAGUACUGUUAAGAGGAUUGACGACAUCCUCUGAUUGGCCCGAAAGUAUCGGACAAAUACUUCUCGAGUUUGAGCGCGAAGAAGGCGUUUCCAUUGAAUCGUUCGACGAAGUGAUGCACAAAUACGAAACUGUGAUGAAGAAAGUGAGCGAAAAGCGCGUCAAAAGUGCCGAAAGAGAGGCCGAAGAGAAGAAACGACAAAAGACUAACAAGAAGUAUGAGAAAUACGAACUGAAAAGAGCGGCCAAACGGACGGCCGAACAAUCGGACACAACUCAGAAGACGUCCACUUCAGACGUGGAUUCCGAUGGCUUUAAAGUGCCGCAAACGUCAACCUCUGUGUCGCCAAUGAAAAAGUCAAGAGUGGAUACGAGUAGUGAAAAGGAUUGCAAACAAACUAAACCUCGAGAAGAAAGGGAUAGAAAUGUAAACACAAGAGAAGAGACGCCUAGAGAUGAGCCCAAACAUGGGGUGUCCUAUAGAGGCGACGGCUCUAAAGACUUGCAGACAGUAUUCAUCAGUAAUUUGAACUUUAAUACAAACGAAGACCAAUUGAAGGAAGCGUUGGGAAAGUUUGGCCAAAUCGAUGACUUGCGGUUAGUUCGCAACUAUAAGGGGUUGUCUAAAGGUUACGCUUAUGUUGAAUACGCGUCCAUCGAAUCGGUGAGAGAGGCCCUCAAACACGACAGAAUGCCAUUAGAGGGGAGACCAGUCUUUAUCACAGAAAUGGGCAAACGAUCCAAAUUUAGUUUCAGUACUUCCAUAGAAAAGCAUAAGAUAUUUGUCAAAAAUAUAUCGCCAGAAGUGACGGUCGAAAAUCUGAAUCAAGUGUUUUCCAAAUACGGGUCACUGAAAGACGUCCGUUUGGUCACCUAUAGGAACGGCCACUCAAAGGGAUGCGCUUAUAUUGAGUACAACGACGAGUCGUCCGCUUUGCUCGCCGUUAAAGAAGCCGAUGGACUGCUUGUGGCCGAUAAGAACAUAAUCGUCGCCAUAAGUAAUCCUAAUGUUAGAUCCAAUACACGCGAUGACAGAGAUUUGUCAACACAAAACUUCAAUGGAAAUCCAAACGAGUCGAGGUAUUCAAAGACCAGAAUCAAUGCGCCGAUGAUUCCGAUGGCGAUCCGCAGACAACGACAGACACAGAACGGAAAUAACGAGUCGCCGGCGGCCAACAGUUCCGGUAGUUCUGCCUUAAGUAACACUGAUUUCCGAAAUAUGCUUUUAGGCAACAAAUAAACACUAUUUGUAAUAUAAAUUUCAUCGCAAUUAUUAUGUAAUAUAUAUGACAUUCACUACCAAUAAAUAUCUGAUUACUAAACA